UGUUUUUGAAAUAUGACCUAGCUUUGACGUUACUAAAGCUGUCAUAUUAUAUUUAUUUCUAUUUUGAAUUUUCUAAAUUUCAUAUCAUUUCAUACACUGUCAAAAAUUGUGGCCAUUGGCCAAAAAGAAGGGUUUUAAAUAAAUCUGGACAUCAGUGUUCAAUCAUAGAUAUCCUAAGUGAAAAGUUGUAAAUAUGCAGUAUACAUCAGACGAAGCUUAUGCAAGGCUUAUAAGUCAUAACAUGACUGUGCCACACAGAAUAAAGGCAACAGGAGAUGUAGUUGAUGAGGAGAAUACUCCAAAUGGAAUUAUUUCUGGAUGGGACUAUGCUAAUGAAAAAUUUGACAUGAAGGUUCCUGAGAGGAUUCUUGUCAUGGGACAAGAUCAGCAUAUUGGGACAAAAGCAACACCCAGAGAAAUCCAAUUGGAUAAUGCAGUAUUACCAACUGACCCUGGAAUGAUACGAGUGACCACCCCACCACGUGUUAUUACACUAGACCAGCACUACUUCCCAUCAGCUGAUGAUUUUCUUCCAGGUUCUGCAAACUCUCCACCAAGAAAUGCUAGAGCUGUUCGGUCUCAAGAAGUUGCCCGUCAAAUUCUUCCCCAUUCUGACAUUCUUAAUGAUUCUACCAUGACAGAAUCACGUCUAGUUUUGAGGGACCCGACUCCACCCAUAAGUAAUGGCGAGGGUCUGUCUGCCGCCGAGGAACUUGUGCAUCUUCGCCGUCAAAUAGCUAAACUCAAUCGUCGUGUUAUGUCUAUUGAAGCUGAAACACUUCAAAGACAACAAAAGGAAAAAAUUGCUUAUGCAAUAAGUAUUGCUUAUUUGUUAUUUAAAGUGAUUGCAUGGCUCAACAGAUCUUAAAAACUUAA